AUGAUGAAAGAUGAACUGACCCAGGAGACGUUAGACUGGUCAGAGUCAUUCAAACGUUUAUACGCUCUCUUUGCUCAAAUAAAUACCCAUUUGACUUUCUUGGCGUCCCAUUCUAUGGCAACCAUACCAUCGUUUGAUCUAAUACGAAAACUAAAUGCAGAUGUUACUGUACUAGAUCUAGAAAUAAUAAAAUGCAUGUUUGCAUCAGAAGAAAUAUUCUUUGAUUAUGUGGAUGAAAAUGAAGUCAUGCUUUCUUUUGCUGAAAAGCUUAAGUUUGACUGGUCAAAAGGUUAUACCCAAUCUAAACCUGUUCUGAUGGACCAAGCUUUUGAAGAUGUCUCAGGAUCCGACGAUCAUCAGCAUGGUACGAAGCAGUUGCUCAUAUUCGAUUUUCGUGAUACAAAGAUUCAUGGAAUAGGAGCUGCUUUGAAGGGAAGUAAAAGAAGGAAACCUAAUCUGAAGCAAGAAGAGAGCCUGAGAUUUUUCUUCUCAUCUAAAGAGUUAUACCUGGCAAAGCUAACUCCAGUACAAUUGUUAAGGAUUGUAAAUUCUAGGAAUAAAAAGUUUAAAGAUGCCAUAAAUAGUCAUUUGAAGAAAUUCACCUCCCAGGAAAUUCUUGAAGAUAUACCUAUGACUAACUUAAUAUCAUCAAGCGAACCGUUAAUGCCAACGCCCCCAUCUUUUGAUGAUCCGGUAGACUUACUCUCUCAAAAAGAUAGUCUAAGCAUAAAAACUGAAGUGAAGUCAGAUAUUGAUCAAAUGAUAGGAGCCUUGAAGGAUGAGCACUCCUAUAAGAAUCAGAUUGUAAGCAUUGAGACAUUGAACAGGUCCCAACAUGCCAAACUCAAGCCUCUUUCGAGCAUUAAACUUAUACAUCCAGACUUAAUAUAUGGACUAAUAAAAUAUAGAGGAAUCUCUUUGGAUAGAGAUCUUUAUGUCCACCAAGCUUUAGCAUUGGAUGCUCUCAUUAAUGAUGAGAGGAGAAAAAAUGUCAUUGUUAGCACCUCAACUAGUUCAGGAAAAUCUUUGAUAUAUCAACUUCCAAUUAUUAACGAUAUACUUUGGCUGAUAGAGAAUGGUAGCAUGGAACGAUUGAACACUGCAUUCUUCAUUUUCCCUACAAAAGCACUAGCCCAAGAUCAAAAGAGACAUUUACAAGAGUUUAUUGCAUGUAUACCAAUUUGCAAUGAAAGGAAAAUUCUUGUUGAAACUUAUGAUGGCGACACUGACCAAAACCUGAGAAAUUUUGUGAGAUCAUUUGCAGACAUUGUAUUCACAAAUCCCGACGCCUUGCAUGCUUCAAUUUUACCUAACUAUGAUAAGAGCCAUAGGGGGAAACAAUGGAUUGAUUUUUUAUCUAAUUUAAAAUAUGUUGUUAUGGACGAACUACAUGUCUAUCAGGGGACAUUCGGCAUCCAUGUAAGUUAUGUUAUGUCUAGACUUUUGAGAUUAAUUUCGAAGAUCACAGAAACAGAAAAUAAUAUCACUUUUAUAUCAUGUUCAGCUACUAUCCAGAAUCCAGUUACACACUUUAGAUCUGUAUGCUCUAUUUCCUGUGAUGAUGAAAUUGUGCAUAUCUCAGAAGAUGGUGCCCCGUGCUGUGAAAAGAAAUUACUAAUUUGGAAUCCACCACCUUUGAUGAAUAAAAAGGGACAGCAAUACACUUUGACUUCCUCUAGUCAAUUAGGUGAGUCCUUAAAUAAUACGAUUUUAGUGCCUAGAGAAUCGAUCAUCUCCGAACUGGCCAAGAUAUUGCUUAGGCUUUUGGGAAAGCUACCUGAUGUUAAGGCUAUAGUAUUCUGCCCAAUACGUAAAGUCUGUGAGCUUUUAAUGAAGGAGAUCAGGAGUUUAUUGAAAGAUGAACCAUUUAGAGGAUGUGGUUUGAAUGAAGAUGAUAUAUUAUCUUACAGGGGAGGCUAUGCAAAACAUGACAGAAGAGUCAUUGAAGGAAAAAUGUUCGACGGUCAAGUUAGGGCUAUAGUUGCCACUAAUGCUCUAGAAUUAGGGAUUGAUCUUUCCGAUAUAGAUAUUGUGAUGUCUUGUGGGUUCCCAAUGCUGAAACUGAAUUUGCAUCAACAAUUUGGUCGAGCUGGUAGAGGAAAAAAUUCAAAAGGUAGUUUAGCUAUCUAUGUUGCUGGAACAACGCCCGUUGAUCAAUAUUUCUUAAAAAAUACCAAAGAACUUUGCAAUAAGACAUAUGAAGACUUAUGUGUUGAUGGGUUAAUGGAAUUUGGUACUGACCAAUUGAUUAUGGAUUUGCACUUACAAUGUGCUGCGUUUGAAUGGCCAAUCGAAAUCCAAGAAGAUAUGAAAUGGUUCUGUCCUGAUAAUUCUAUAAAUAAAAUGAACACAUUUACUAAAUUAUGUAAAGAAAAGCUUUACCAAGACAAUGAUAAUUACUAUAGAACACAUCCAAAGUUUUUACCUUGGCCAACUGACCACGUUCAGCUCCGUGCAAUAGAAAAUGAUAACUUUGCAGUUGUCGAUAUCACUAAUGAUAGAAAUAUCGUCAUUGAAGAGGUAGAAGCAUCAAGGACAAGUUUCACACUUUAUGAAGGUGCGAUUUUCUUACACCAAGGGUACCCCUAUUUAGUUAAGGAAUUUAAUUCUGAUUAUCGUUUUGCAAAAGUUGAAAGAGUGAAUGUUGAUUGGAUUACUCUGCAACGUGAUUUCACGGACAUAGAUCCAACCGAAAUUAUACUAGUAAAGCAACUUUUUCCAACGAAUUCUAGUGCUCCUAUUGAUAUCCCAGUGUAUUUUGGAAGAAUUGAAAUGACAAUUAUUGUUUUUGGUUACUUUAAAGUCAAUAGAAGGUCAGAAAUCCUAGAGGCUGUAGAAGUCAAGAAUCCACCAAUCGUCUUGAAUGCCAAAGGAUUUUGGAUUGAUAUACCUUUGGAAGCACUUAGAAUUAUCAAAGAAAAACAUCUUUCCGCUGCUGGAGGAAUACACUCUGCUCAGCAUGCGAUAAUGAACAUAUUACCGCUUUAUAUUAGUGGUGGAGCUACAACAGAUCCUAAUGCAAAAUUUUCGUCUCGUGUGGGAGAGGCAGAGUUAAUGACUGAAUGCAAAGCACCAGAAAAAGAAUUUGCUCAAAGAGAAACAAAGCGUAAAAGACCAGGAAGACUAAUUUUUUAUGACUGUAAGGGUGGAGAAAGAGGUUCUGGAAUAUCGGCUAAAACAUUUGAACACAUUGAUGAUAUAUUAUUUACUACUUACCAAAGAGUGAGAGAUUGUAAGUGUGAAUAUGGUUGCCCAGAAUGUGUGGCAGCAAGCUUUUGUAAGGAAAUGAUGUUAGUAAUGUCAAAGCCUGCUGCAAUUAUAAUUUUAGCAUCAUUACUUGGAAUUAAUUUGAAUGAACUUAGGGAACAGAUAGCUGAUGGUCCUGAACCAAAUAUGCCGAAGUUGAAAGUCGAGACGAUCGAAUCGGUUGGGGGCCCCGUGAAAUUUUCUAAAGAUGUGGAGAUCUUGGAAACUAGAAGAGCCACUUCGCCUUUGUCAUCACUUGUGAAUCACUCGAUUAAGCUAGAAGAAGAUCAAAAGGUAAAAUAA